UGCAUGCACUAGAACAUUUAAACUCAAUAAUUAAAAAGGACCCCAGGCUGGGAUUUAAACCCAGAACCUUCUUGCUUCAAGGCAACAGUGCUACCAACUGCAUAAUUUAAACCAAAAUAGUAUAUUAAAAGUGUUCUGUAACUGUGGGUUUCCUUUUAAACAUACUUCUCUUUGGAUAAAUGAAGACAUUUUUAUAUUAUCAACGUUUUACUGAUUAAGAAAGUGAAGCAAAACUAGAUUUUUACCACCUUUUACACCUGUCAAUUUUUUUUGUCAUAGAAUAACAUAUCUAAGGUCCUGAUUUGUGAUUUCCCUGAAUGUUUAUACAGUAGUUUUAUUCAUAAUUAAUGUGCUGAUUCAUGUGUUAAAGUCAAUUCAUGCACAUGAGGCAUGGCUAACUGCAGCAAAUCUAAACUAAACCAUAUAUGCAUAGUUUGGCAACACAGACCUGCAGGUUCCCUCUCAUUAAACACUCUUAUCUUUCAGUUUAAAUGCUUUUCAUUCCCUCCCCAUCUUUAUGUCUGGGCACUUCAUUGGCCUUAGUGUUUGUCCACAUAUAACUGUGUGUUCUACCUCGGUUUAGUUGAAUUAUGGUCGUUAGGUUCCCCCACAAUUAUAAUUAUUCUAGUAGGGUGAAGAAAUGUCAACCUCACCUUGCAAAGAACAAGGCAAAUUUUCUGUGUAUUCAUACAUUUACUCAUGUUAAUUACAUACGGAGCAGAUUGAGAUAAAUAGACUAAAAUCUUUGAAAAUAAUAUAAUACUUCCUUUAAUCUGAAAAGAGGACGUUGGGCCAUAGAGAAAUAGUCCAGUUUAAUUUUGUACUUUCUCACAUUCAACCAUAGAAGAUCCUACUGAUGAUGUGUUACAAGAAAAGUGACUCAGCAUAUUUUCCCCCUUCCUGGUUAACAACCCGACGACGUAGCCUUUUUUUCUUCCUAGUAUUGUAACCGCAGACAACCAUCACAAGCCCUCCCGCCCAUAAGCGUCACUCACUAUAGCGGAAAGCCGGGGCUAGUCGAGCUCACACGCUCCAGAGCAGAGCCACAGCGAGGAACGUUGAACCGCCGCCGACGGGCAGGAGCUGGAGAUCCACCUCACUUUGCAUGAUCACGACCGCAGAUCGCCCAGGAUCUAACGAUGUGGACCGGGGUCGGAAAGCUUGUGCUGCUACAUUUGUUACUCGUGCAAAUCGGCAGCCACGUUAAAGGAACUCAUACCGAGUCAGAGUGUGAAAUAGGGCAGUUUCAGUGCAAGAACGGAGUGUGCAUCCCAAGCCUCUGGAGAUGUGACGAUGACAAUGACUGUUCAGACAGCAGCGAUGAGGAGAACUGUCCAAAGAAGACGUGUGCGACCACGGACUUUGCCUGUAUGAACGGACAAUGCCUGCCUGCUAGAUGGCGCUGCGACGGAGAAUCGGAGUGUGCAGAUGGUUCGGAUGAGGCUGAUGCAAUCUGCAGCCGACAGACUUGUCCACCCGAGAAGUUUGAUUGUGGAGGGGUUGGCAGCAAAUGUGUUUCGUUAUCAUGGCGAUGUGACGGAGAGAGAGACUGUGAAAACGGAGCAGAUGAGGAGGAGUGUGCUGCAGAUGAAAAGGCCUGCUCCUCAAAAGAUUUUAAGUGCCGUAACGAAAAGUGUAUAGCACCCAUCUUCGUCUGCGACGGCGAUGACGACUGUGGGGACGCCAGCGAUGAGGCCAAGUGCUCCGCUCCCACCUGUGGCCAGCACGAGUUCCGCUGUAAUGACUCUGAAUGCAUCCCUGACCUUUGGAGCUGCGAUGGUGACCCAGACUGUAAAGACAAGUCAGACGAGUCCAUGGAGCGGUGUAGCCGCAGGACCGAGGCCCAGAAACCUCGCUGUCCAGUCGGCGACUUCCAGUGCGGCAGUGGAGAGUGCAUGCACAUGCACUGGAAGUGUGAUGGCGACGCAGACUGCAAAGAUAAAUCAGAUGAAGCAAACUGUCCCCUGCUUACGUGUCGACCUGAUGAGUUCCAGUGUGGCGACGGUUCCUGCAUUCACGGAACCAAACAGUGCAAUAAAGUUCACGACUGCCCAGACUACAGUGACGAGGCUGGUUGUGUCAACGUUACAAAGUGUGACGGACCAAAGAAGUUCCGCUGUAAGAACGGGGAGUGCAUCAACAGCAGCAAGGUGUGCGACAAUGUGAAGGACUGCAAAGACUGGUCAGAUGAGCCAGUGAAGGAGUGUGGCCUGGACGAGUGUGCAGACAACAACGGUGGCUGCUCCCACAUCUGCAGGGACCGGAGAAUUGGUUAUGAGUGUGACUGCCCCUCCGGAUACAAACUCCUGGACAAAAAGACUUGUGGAGACAUAGACGAGUGUGAGAACCCAGAUGCCUGCAGUCAGAUUUGCAUCAAUUACAAAGGAGAUUAUAAAUGUGAGUGCUAUGAAGGCUACGAGAUGGACCCUGCCUCAAAGACCUGCAAAGCUGUGGGAAAGAGUCCCUACCUGAUGUUUACAAAUCGUCAUGAAAUCCGUCGUAUCGACCUGCUGAAAAGUGAAUACACGCAGGUGGUUCCCACCCUGAAGAAUGCUGUGGCCCUGGAUGUGGACGUGUCCACUAACAAGAUGUUCUGGUGUGAUCUCUAUCAUCGCAAAAUAUACAGUGCAUACAUCAACAAGGCCAGUGACUCUUCACAGCAGGUGACGUUGGUUGACUCGCUCCAUUCGCCGGAAGGCCUGGCUGUGGAUUGGGUCCACAAAAACAUCUACUGGACAGACUCGGGCAACAAGAGCAUCUCUGUUGCAACGGGAGAUGGCAGGAAGAGGAAAGUUCUAAUAGCCACUGAGCUCAGUGAGCCACGGGCUAUUGCGGUGGAUCCACACCAAGGUUUCAUGUACUGGUCCGACUGGGGAGAUCAGGCCAAAAUAGAGAAAGCUGGGAUGAAUGGAGUGGACCGUCAAAUUCUGGUGUCUGACCACAUUGAGUGGCCCAAUGGAAUCACUCUGGAUUUGUCCAACAGACGUCUCUACUGGGUGGACUCCAAGCUGCACCUGCUGUCAAGUGUGGAUCUGAACGGAGACAACCGCAAAGUGCUGCUGUCGUCCCAUCACCACCUUGGACACCCAUUCGCCCUUACUGUGUUUGAGGAUCACAUAUACUGGACGGACCUAGAGGAUGAAGCCAUUUACAGCACGAACCGGCUGACGGGGCACGAUGUGGCAAAAGUAGCAGAGAAUCUAAACAACCCGCUGGACCUUGUUGUGUUUCAUGAACAGAGACAGCCCAAAGCCCCCGACACCUGCAAUCUGGGCAGUCUACCAAACGGUGGCUGCGAGUAUCUGUGUCUAAAGGCUCCCCAGAUCACAGACCACUCUCCAAAGUACACCUGCGCCUGUCCUGAUGGUAUGGAGCUCGGACCAGACAUGAGGCGCUGUGCUGUAGUUCGAGUCAGGACAACCACCACGGCUGCCCCAACCACCACAAGCGCCACCACAACAACCACCACAACAACUCCCACAACCAUAAGCACUCCCACCUCUGCUGCUACCCCACAGUGGUCCACAGGCAGGCACCAUAUGACAUCGCAGCCUCUUCAGAACUCCAGAAGCAGCAGGACUACAGAGCCACCAGGGUCACAAGCCGCCACGAGCACAGAAACAACCAGUUUGAGCAGCACCAGUCAGACGUCCACACAAACCCCCUUACUGGGACCAGUGACCCCAGACAGCAUUCAAAGAGAAACCAAUGCUAACCUCUCCCACAGAGCUGCAAGUGAUCACUACCUCAUAGGCAAUAACAUCACAGUUGCUGUUUUGGGAAUAGUCAUUCCGAUUGUCCCUAUCCUUGCCACAGUGGUCAUCGGAUUGCUCUGCACCGGCGGCUACCUGGUUUGGCGCAACUGGCGACGCAAGAACACCAAGAGCAUGAACUUCGACAACCCCGUGUACCGCAAGACCACGGAGGAUGACGACGAUGAGAUCCACAUCGGGCGGCACAGCGACUCUAUCGGCCACGUCUACCCGCCAGUGAGUGGUAGCCAAAGCCAGCCGUUCAUAGCGCUUCCACUGGGGGGCAGCGUCACAGACGGCAACUCCCACUGGUACUCGGGGGCACCAAUGCUUUCCAGUGGCAAAUGAGGGCAAAACAGCUGGAAAAAGGGGGUCUUUUGAAAUUUUCGAGAAUUGGGAGGAUGCACAUGGGUUCCUAGUGGGAAGAGAGUGCAGGCUUGCACAUGCACACUUCCAGAUUUUCACAUAUCUUUUUUACAUCACUGAGAGCACCAAUUACACAUAUCUAAGCCAUUCAUGGGGCAUUUUCCUUCACAUUAAGCAACAAUUACACAACAUUCCCAAUAACAUCCCUUAUCUCAUUUGUUUUUACAUUGUGGUUGAUGCACCUGGUUGUCAUUGUGUUUCCUGUCAAAACUCAUCUUCUUUUCAAAGAAGGAGCUCUCACCUGCAGGGGUUUUGUUGUUUUUAUUUUUAUAGAUUAAUUAGAUGUUAGUCACUUCAUAAAGCCAAUGAACAAGUAAUUUAAAGUAAUUACAACCAAAAAAUACAUUAUUCAAACAGUGGGAGACCAAAGCUUAAACAUUUUAUCAUUCUGCAAAAUAUUAAUCCUAUUUGGACAUUAUUGUGGGGAUAACAUAGAUCAGCUCUGCAGAUGCUUUGAAAGCUGGACAAAGUAGCUCAAGGCUUUUUCAAUUCUUCAUGUCUUAUUUGUAAUGACUAAGAAAAUAAUACUCAAGACAUAUAAAGGAAGCUCAAAUCAGGGAAAAGACAGCUUUAGCUAAAUUGAUUCUACUUUCCCAGCUGGAGUCUAGGAGCUAUUAUUCUUCCCAUCCCACAAGCUAGCCUGUUGAUUUCCUGCUGAUGUGGAUGCAUUUCUUAUUAUUUCAGCUAACAAUUUACAGUCACACAUCUCAAUAAAUUUGGUUGUUAUUGAAAAAUUAUUUCCUUGAUUAAAUUGAAAAAGUAUAGCUCAUAUAUAGAUUCAUUACACACAGAGUAAUAUAAAUUUAAUGUGUUUAUUUGUGGGACUUUUAGUAAUUAUGGCCAAAAUUCAGUUUAUCAGAAAAUUUGACAAAUAAAAGGCUUUUUAACCCAGAAAUGUUGCCUUGAUUUGGUAGUUGUCCAGUGGACAUUUAAUGACAGCCUCCAUAAGAAGAGUGGGUUACAAAAGAUUAUUGCUAAAGAAUCUGGCUGACUGUGCAGAGCAGUGCAUGCAAGUAAUUUAAUUGAAAAUUGACUGAAAAACGUUUUUUGGUUGAAGUGCACAAUCAACAGCGAUAACCGUGGCCUUGAGAGGGUUUUGAAGCAAGCUUAUUCAGCAGUUUGUGGGAGAUCCACUGGGCUCAGUGCUUUGAGAGCCACAACACACAGAUGUAUCCAGGACGUGGGUUCCACCUGUCCCAUUCCUCCGGGUCCCAGAGUCUGUGGGAAAAGUAGAGAGGCACAGAAUCCAAGGUAAUUUAGGUCCAGCAUGAGAUUUCUGCAGUCUGGUACUGGUCCACUGUGUUUUAUCAAGUCUAAAGUGAACGCAGCCAUCUAAUCUUAGAGCACCUCAUGCUUCCCUCUGCUGACAAGCUUAAUGGAGAUGGUUAUUUCAUUUUCCAGCAGGCGGGACUUGGCACCAUCUCAAUUUCUAAAAGUACCAGUACCUGCUUUAGAAGAUUUAAUGACAUGAUAUAGGUGGACUUGUUUGGCCAGCAAACUAGCUUGACAUAAACCCCAUAUCGAAUAUAUGGAGCAUACAUUAUUAUUGUCAGGAGAACAAACCUCAGCAGUGGCACAUGCUGAUCUCCUCCAUGCCAUGGUGCAUUCAUGCAGUCAUGUAUCCAAAAGCAGCCUUGAGCAAGUGUCGAGUGGAUAUGGAUACAACAUGUUUUUAUUAUUCUUAUGUUAUAUUCUAAUGUUCCGAAAAAAAUUGGGGGGUUUUCAUUAAUUGCAUGCCAUGGUCUCCAAAAUUAACCAACUUAGACAUUAAAAACAUGUCACUCUGUGUGUAAUGAAUCUAUAUAAUGCAAGAUUAUCUUAUUGAACUGAAUUACUAAAAUUAAUCAACCUCCCAAUUAUCAUUUCUAAUUUAUUGAGAUGCACCUGUGGAAGACUGCACAGAAAUACAGAAAAAAAUGCAGAACACUAAGGAUGUUUAUUUUAUAUAGUAUGUUUAGGUUGAUAGAGAGACAGUUGUCACGGGUGGCCAAAACGAAAUUAUUGAGGGGAGAGGAAGUGGUGUGCUUUGAUCGGUUGGCAUGGUAACACUGAUUUCUUUGUGGUGCUCCGAAAGCGGAGGAAAAAAGAGAAAUCGUGGGUAUCCCUGGCACGAUGACACGCUAGAAGCACACACACACACAGACAUGAAACAGGUGCACAAUUAAUAUUCAAGGUCGAAAGAAGAGCAGUGUUCAGUGAAGAGAAGGAGAGAGGCGAUGAUUUUCCUUGUCCUCCCAGUGUUUUGAUCAAUAUUUAUAACCAUAAACAUCUCUUUCGUUGUGUUUGAUUCUUACACUUGAUCGUUCUCUCUUUGUCUCUCCUUAACUUCUCCUGGCUCUUGUGUCAGUGGCAGGUCAGGCAGCCCAAGAAAUCUGGCUGGUAAAAUAUGGGCCAGACAUUUGCAGCCGUAAGCAAGAACUCUGCAUUCCUCAUCUACUGUACGAGCAGCCAGGGAAGGAGGGAAAGUGGAUAUACAUGAGGGGGGGAAUUGGAGAAAAGACAAUUAGGGGAGGUCAGGGAAGGGAGGAAUGAAAGACCAGAAGAAAGAUAAAGAUUGCAUUUUUCUCCUGGUUUUCUUGUAGACACUAUUGUGUCGCUCUGUUUGUCCUCUCCUUAAGCCUGCUGUGGUAACCAUCUUUUUAUCUGCUGUUUGCAGCGCGUGGCACUCAGUGUGGAGGAUGAUGGCUAUCCCUGAUGAGGGGGGAUUCGGUCUGCUUACCCCCCACCCCCUUCAGUCUCUUCCUGUCCCUUCUCUCAGCACAGCCUCCACAUCACUACAAUGAGGCCAGUACAACACAAAGGAGAAUGAGAUGGAGUCCCCAUUUUGCCUCCCUGUUUUCUAGUAGCAGGGAUGACCUAUACAUCUCUUCUCCUUCUUCUUACUACCAUUUCUAGCUGCUACGACUUUCAUUAAUGUCAGUUUAGUAGCUGCACUUCUCUCUUCCCUCUUCUGCUGCUUCCUAACAGUAGUCCCGAGUGAAAAUGCUGCUAGAUUAUAUCCUUCACACUAACCUCAUUUGAAAAUCGUGCAGAAAGAUGGCUAAGGCUGGCCACCACAGAAUUGGGGGCAAAAAAAAGGCCUCAUGUUUCGACUGUUUUAUUUAUUUAAACAUUUUAAAUAUGUAUCCGCAUCUGUCAGUGCAUAGUCCUAAAGGCGAGAUUGCUUGAUCAAGUUUGCAAGUAUACUCCGCACAGUGCAGCAGAAGGCAAAGAUUUUAUGUUUUCUCUGGUUUCCUUAACAUUACAAGUUGACAAGCCUUUUUUUUACAUUUUGAAGGGAGAAUGUGAUCCAUUAUUUGUUACUGACAUACUGUAAUGCUGAAUAUAGUCAAGAGGACAGGAAUAAGAACAACGGAUGGGGUUGUCUGGAUGCUUAGAGGUGAUUUUGGGGUGAUAGAGUGGCGGAGACUGUUUUUUUAGCAAUUGGCUGAUUUGUGUCUCCCGAGGGUUGUGCCUCAAGGUAAAAAGCAGCAGGGCAGAAAGGGCAAUGGAUUGUGGGUAAUCCUGUCUUUAUAUCAGAGAUAUGCACAUAGUCAAUAAUGAGCGUGGCUUGUUUGAUUAAGUCCGAUUGGUAAAGUUCACACAUUUCUUACAUUUUUCUAUUUGUGCUGGAAUUAAUAUUUUACCUCAUAUGACUGCUUUAGAUAUGAAUAUGGAGCUGUUAAAGCAUUUAUGCACAAAAGACAUCAUCAGUAUUUUAGGAUUUUAAAAGAAUGUUCUCCUUUUGAUUUUUUUAUGAUUUCGUUGCGAUAUAAUUGUACAGGCAAAAUAAUUUAGUGUGAAGGAAACAUGACUGGAGUUAGUUUUUUAUUGUCUUUUCUGUAUUUAUUCUCAAUUCAGCCCUCAAUCAAUCGCUUUUCCCUUGAUUAACUUGACCCAUCUUGAAGUCGAUGCAUGAUGCCAGUUAAUGCUGAACUUCAUUGACCCUGUUUCUUUGACUUCACAGCAUUGGUUUUCCCAGUGCUAUUCCUGGUGUAGCUACCUUCCUGUAAAUGCAGCUGGACGAGAUGUUGCAGAAAAACAGCCCGCAUUUGAAAGACAUCUCUCGCUGCUGUCACCGAGCGUAUGCUCUGGUUUUGUGUGAGCAGAUCAGUGGAAUAUCAGGCUUAGCUAGGAAAGAAAUGUGUGAGCCAGUGUAAAGAGUCGAUCUUCCAAUGGCUUGUCUCAAAUGUGCUUCCAGCCCAUUGAAUCAGAUGGAGUUUAUGCCCACUGAAAACAGUAAUAAUUGCUCAUCUUAUGUUCCAGUUGUAAAUAACUUCUGUCUAUUAUGAUAGACAUGGCAAAAUAGGCGUGGCACUGAUGGUGUAGGGGUUAAGCGCGCGACCAUGUAGAGAGGCUACAGUCCUCGAAGCAGCUGUCCCGGGUUCAUUUCAUUUACGUUUCAUUUGCAUUUACCGUAAGUAAAAAAAAAAAAAAAAAGAAAGGGCAAAAUAGCCGUAACAAAACAAAACUCACCUAUUCUGGACAUCAUUCAAUCAUUUGACUGUCUAAGCAUCAAAGAUUUGUCUUCCACACUAAUUGUUAGUUAAAAAAACAAUAUCAUGUUUCAAAUAUGCAGGACCAAAAUGCUUAAAACUAAAUAAUGCUUAAAUAAUGCUUAAAUCCUUAAAAAUACUUUUUUGAAUUGAAAAACCUGCAAAAAAUGAUACACAGUCUCCUUGUGCUUACUUAACACAAUAUAGACUGAUAUAAUGAACUUGUUGAACGGUUAAUAAUUUAGCUUAAUAUUCAGGGAUUUCAAUGUUUUUCUCUUUUUUUUCUUGAAAUGUUUGAGUUUGGAAUCGCUGACAACCCCUUUGGAAGGAGUCAUGAGAUAAAAAAAAACAACAUAUUGAGCGCUUUCUUGAACUUACUAGAUAAUUUAUUUACCUGAAUUUCCAGCAGUGUUAUGUUGUGACAUUCUGACAUUCACUUCCUUAGAAUGGCCAUGCUCAUUCCUGUCCAGUUUUUUUACAUGCUUCUGUAUUGGCCACUCUUAUGAACAGAACAGGUGGAGUUUAUUUAAAUUGGUUGGAUUUCUGGCACAGACUUGACUUUUCGCAUUGUUCAUAAAUUUACAGCAUUGUCAGGACUUUAAGGGGGCUGUUCCAGAAGUUCAAUGGUAGUUUGCUUUAUACAUUUUUUUAAAUACUUUUGAUGUGUGUAUUUGAUUUUUGCCCUGAUAGAAGACCAAACAGUGUCUACGUUUCAGUUAUUCCACCCUCAAAUGAAGUGAAAUUGGUUGUUCAGGAUGUUCAAGAACAACAAAGGAACCACCAAGACUAAAGCAAAGUGAUGUCAUCAGGGAGCAGAACAAGAAACUAAAAAUGUAUACCUUUAGACUCAUCUGAAAAUGUGCAGCCGUCAACAAGGAUACAUGCUUCCCAGAGGCCAAAUGCCUUCAUGGGAUACGUUUUAUGAUCUGCUUUAAUACAGAUUGAGUCACACUGAUGAGAAGCAUGCAUGGAUGAGCCACUGUGAAGCUUUCAGACCUAAGAAUACUUUAGCAACUGUCAAGCAUGGUGGUGGUAGCAUUAUGCUGAGAGUUUGUUUCACUUUCACUGGUACUGGUGCAGAGUAGUUGGAAAGACAACUCCUAAAUGGUUGAAAUUUGGAAACAGCUGGUUGUUCUAACAUGACAAUCUUCUCAACUACACAUCAAAAAGGGUUUGGGGUGGAUAAAGCAAGGUUGCAUUUGUGAAAUAGCCUUUCCAAAACCCUAAUCUAGUUCUGUCAUGAAAAGUGAUCUAAUUUUCAACCAUAAUUAUUAUUGUUGAUUGCUACCAAAACGUAUGUGCUUAUCCAUGAUGACUAUAAGGAAACUUCUAACUGAAACUGCGUAUUAAUAGGAAUGGUGUUAUUAUGAACAGUACAUGAUCCUAUUCUCCCAGUGCCUGAAGAGAAACGUGACUAACAGGACAGAAGCCACAGGUCAGAGAUCUCUGUAAUUUCUAAGACUGAAUUAGUCUCAGACUCUGUUGACUGAACCCUAAGCUGAGUCAGCUCUGCAGCCCAGUUCUUUCCUUCCUGUCCAUGUUCGCCUCAGGACUAAUGCAGUUCCAUGCUGAGAAUUUGCAGUUAGGAGGAUAAAUUGCUUAUUUAUUUAGCUGCCUGAGCGUGACAUUGUGGGAAAGUUAUUAUUGCUACAGUGUAAAAGACAGAUUGGCUGGGCCACUUUGUGGUCACCUCCAGUCGAGCCGUCUACACUGAAGGACACGGUGAAAGUCCAAACUUUGGCUUCGGCUGUUCAUUUUAUCAGUGGAAGAACAGGACAAGAAGUGACCUUAUGACAAAAAAAACAAUACAUAAAUACAUACAGGGACCAUUAAGACAAUUCAGUGCUCAAAUGGCACUAUUGGUCAUAAUUUAACUGUGUAAGCUCAUAAACAGCAGGCUAUGGUCAUAAGGAUAAAUCCUGCCCUGUGUUUAUGUGCUGUGAGAGUUCAUUCAGUUACUGUAAUCUAUGUUUUGUGGGUACUUUAGGUUUGGUUUGCAGUUUCUUUGUGGUUUUUUUUUUGUGUAACCACAUUUUAGCUGAUUUGAAAACCAGAACUUUAUUCAUAUCUUUUAUUCAGUUAAGAAACUUGAAAUAUACAGCACAAGUAGUUUUUUGUGCAACCCAGGUUGGUUUUGUUUAUUUGUAUUCAUGUCAGAAGAACGUCUUGUUUUACUUUGUGAAUGAUUCAAUCUAGACUCGGAAUAGCAAAUGCCUAUUUGCUCCUGCAAGUAGUUUCUAGGUGACAGGGUAUCCAAGAAUAAAUACCAGGUUUUGCCAUAUGGAAUAAAUAUUGUAUAUACCUUCUUUGUAAAGACUACUAAUAUUAAUAUUUAACUGUUAAUUUAAUCUCAUAAAUUAAUAAUUUAUUUUGAACAGUUUGUAAUGCAUUCACAUUCCUGGUUCUUUUUUAAAACAUAGGUCACCUGAAAUUCCAUCUACAACAUCUGGUGGUUUGAUUUUGCCUGUUGUUAGCUCAUCACACUAACUACUAACUGUCCUGGUGACUUAUAUUAGAAGUGUGCCACAGAGUCAACAGCUAUCUGGAUUUGUCCUCCUACCUUAAACUUGAUUUUCUGAGGUAUCUAACACACAAUGCUUUGAAUAGAGUGCUUUUUACCAUCGCUCCUCUUCUUCACCUCUUCAUGCUGUAUUACAUCUCAUGCAAUGGCAACAAUCUUCCUUUCCUUACCAUACUGCUGAAUUAAAGCUUUCAGAAAAUAAAGGAUGCAUUGUUCCACCCAUCUUCAUCUCAGACAUCUUCUCUCCUACAAGGGCUCUCAGUCUUUUUUUUAAUAGAAUACACUGGAAGAUUAAAAAGCACUAGAGAAACAACCCAGAACCCCACAAAUAACUUGGAAAGGCCUCAGAGCUGAAAAUAAAACUUCUUCCCAGAAUAUGAACCUGCACAUCAUCAAACAAUCACCGAGAAGAAGAAGCAGCCUCCGCCUCCAGCUACAAUUUAGAACUGUGGAAGAAAACUGACUCCACUUGGCUGGCGUUUAGCUCUCAUUGACCCUGUUGUUGACUUUUCCUUAAUCCACCGCUUCCUCUUUUUAUUAUGUGGGGUUUUUUUGAACUGUGAAUCCUCAAAGUUUCCCAAUUUAUUCCCACUUUUCAUAUUUGAUCUACUUGAUGUUUGAUUACUUGAAGGAAAGCGUUCUGUCGACUUUUUUCUGCCAGUCAGUAUUAAAUGAAGGUUUGUAAGAAAGAAGGUUGUGAUAUCUGUUUUGUUUUGAUAUAAAACAUUUUAGACAAGUUGUUGUCUGGAGAGUCUAUGUGGUAAAAGAUAUUCUCCAGCUUUUGUAAGAACCACCCAACUGUAUUCUUUUCUGAAACUUGUCAUUGCCUGUGAAGACAUUUAAAAGGAAAUUCAGCAUCCAUUCCACACGACAGGCAUUUUUUAAACACUGUUUGUUGCACAAAACUUUUCAAGAAGCCUUCUGCACUGUGUAAAGAGGUUACAUUCUUAGUAGUGGGGGAGGAAAUACAGGGAUUGGGGGUCAGGCAGUUACAGACCAAUGGUUUUGAGUCAUGAAGUGUAAAUAAUGUUUUCAUAAAGCAAAAAAAAAACAAAAAACCUUUUUGAUAAUGUUUUAAAUGUAUCUGUAAAAAAGGUGUACAUAAACGUCUGGGGUUACAAAAGGAGUGUAGACUAUAUAUAAAUUUAUUUGUACACAUAAGCACUGGGUUUCUUUAAUAUUUGAUUGUAAUUUGUAACUAAAAAUUAAUAAUCUGCCAAAGUGUUUUUACUUUUUCUCCUGUCUGUUCCAUUGGUUUUACUUUAGCUUUUAACAGAGCAGCGGACUGUAGUAUUUAAUUCUCUGUAAUUUAAUUUUGUGUGUUUUUUUUAAAUGAGAGGGGGUUAUUUUAAUUUAUUGGUGCCUUGUUUUGUGCUCCUGUAUACUUUCACCCUUUCCGUUUCUCCAUGUUGUGUGUCUGAGGGAGUUCCAGGGGGGGAUUAACUUGCAGGUUGGGGGGACCAGGGGGUGGGUGGUUUAAAUCUUUAGCAACUUCUGUACUUACAUGGAAUACCUGUACUUUAUGCCAAAAUGGUCUCACUCACGUUUCUAUGAAAUCAAGCUGUUGAUAAAUCACUAUAUAUUGAUAUAUUAAAUUUAUAAAAACUGUC